UACAUAACUAGUGUUAGAAUACUGUUCACUGUUCUGUUCUUCACAUAUUCAUUCCCCUGAAUCUAGCUGCUCUGCGGUGGCCUCUAUGCAUCCCACAGUCCAUGAGACAACUUUUGGUCGCAACCCCAUCCGAAUGUUUGCUGUGUCUUUGAUCGCCUGGCCCUUUGCAUACUGUGCUUUGUUUUAGAGGCAGGGAUAUACUCCAGUCCUGGCAGUCUUUCUCCAUCAACCAAUUGGGCUCGCACAUCCUCAUUUCUCUGAGUGCUUCAUGCCCAGUGGAGGCGCUUGAUUGGCAGGGGACCACUUCACUAACCACUUCAUUGGACUGAUGCUGCUGCUAACUGACACGACUCUGCACACCUAAAGGAUCUGGAGACAAACCUGUGCAGAGUGAUGGGCAGCUCUGACCAAGGCCUGACUGCUCUGCCUUACAGCCGGGUCACCCUUCCAGAUACUGUGCUGCUUCCUGGUCUGGAGAAGCUGCCUGUUACUCAAGACGCAGACAGCCAGAGCUGGAGUUCUCUUGACAGUCCUAGCCCACCUGCCACCCCUGAGCAACCUGUACCCACCUUCUACCUGCAGUACUUUGAUAUGCUUUACCCAGAAGACAACAAUUGGGUCCCUAAGGCUCUGGGUGAGAACCAGCAAGUCAACAGCCAAGGGGGCAGGACUGAAGUGCCCAAAGAACCUGAGCAGUGCCCUAUCAUUGACAGUCAGGGUUUGAGCCUCGCACCAGAUAUGAACUACCAAGCCAGCCUUCAUCUGGAAGAAAACUCCCUGGAGCAGGUGCAGAGCAUGGUGGUAGGUGAGGUGCUCAAGGACAUUGAAACAGCUUGCAAGCUUCUCAAUAUUGCAUCCGACCCAGCAGACUGGAGUCCAGGGAAUGUCCAGAAGUGGAUCUUAUGGACUGAACAUCAAUACCGCCUGCCCCAAAUUGGGAAAUCAUUCCAGGAUCUUUCUGGAAAGGAUGUGUGCGCCAUGUCUGAGGAGCAGUUUCGUCAGCGUUCCCCAGCAUGCGGUGACAUCUUACAUGCUCACCUGGACAUUUGGAAAUCAGCUGCCUGGAUGAAGGAGAAAACUGCUCCCGGAGAGAUGCAUUAUUGUGGGAGUGAAGAGAACUGGACAGACAGUGAGGUGGAUUCAUCCUGUUCAGGCCAGCCCAUUCACCUGUGGCAGUUUCUGAAAGAGCUUCUACUGAAGCCCCAUAACUAUGGACGCUUCAUCCGUUGGCUCAAUAAGGAGAAAGGUAUAUUCAAAAUUGAAGAUUCUGCUCAAGUCGCUCGAUUGUGGGGAAUCCGCAAGAACCGUCCUGCCAUGAACUAUGACAAGCUGAGCCGCUCCAUUCGACAAUAUUACAAGAAAGGGAUAAUUCGAAAACCAGACAUCUCCCAGCGGCUGGUCUACCAGUUUGUACACCCUGUGUGAAACCUGUGGAACAAAUUCUGAUACACUGUGGGCUGGGGGACUUUCUGGAACCACAGCACCUCCUACCCUCUGCAGUAUGAACUUUAAGAAGUAUGAAGUUAAGAGUUGGAGAAGAGACUGAGAACCCUUUGGAUUUGCCUGCCAAACUUCUGAGAUUUCCGUAUUUCCUGAUUGCGUAUGGGAAACAAGGAAACAAACAAACCUUUAUUGCCAAGGUAAAUUGGAAAAUAGGAAGGAACUAAUGUGACAUGAAGUAUAUACAUUUCUUUUAGUGUGGCCCAUGGUUUUGAGAAUAGCACGUUCCUAUCUGUGUGCAUCCAGGCGUAUAAUAUGAGAAGCUAAGAAAAGAUGGGAGUUUCAAGAGAAAGAAGGAUGAAUGAAGGUAUGGUCUGGAGUUUAACCAGCAGAUGUUGCUUCCUUUCCAGUGAAAUCACUGGAAAAAUAUUGAAGCAAAGUAGCAUUUAAAUUUUUUCCCCCUCCAACAUUGCUAAAUCUAAGCCAUAGGACAAGUCACUUAUGGCACCAGGGCAUGUUUAACUCACAAGAGUCAGGUCUUACUAUAAAUUUGCUUGGGAAGGAUUUGGAGGCCAAAGCAGUAUCAUGCUAUAUAUCUCAGCACCUCCUAUCAAUAAUUUGCUUUUCACUUACCAAGCAGGAAGUCUCAAGAGCAGACUGAAAUGGCUUUGGUGAACUUGUCUUGGCGGUCUGCAAUGAGAGUGAUUCAGCAAUUUCCUCAAUAUACUUGGCACAAUUUUUAGUAGCACAGGAUUGGGGAGUUGUUAUUGGACACUGGAUAUUGUGUGAACCUGUUUGGGGGGUUUCAGUGCACUGGUGCAACAGUUAGGAUCUGGUUGACAAUACUAUAUUGGCUCUAUGUUGAUUAGAAUAGAAUAUGGUCAUCAGUGAUCUCCAGGAAGCUGGCCAGAAAGUCUACCCAGGUUUUGUAUUAUUAAAUUGGCUACCUUUUCAUAUAUGCAUUAAUGCAAGAAACAACUGUUUUCAGGUAUUGUUAGGAGGAGGACAGAGUCACCCAUUCUCAGUAUGUGCACAGUGUGUGAAUGAGCUUCACCUGAAAGACAAUAGGAUCACAGAGUAGCCUCCUGCCAGGGCUCAUGUUGACCCAAAGCUAGAACAUUGUGCCACCUGCAUGCCUGUGGGGGCCAACUGGAUGUCAGUCUGUGCUGAGACAAGCAGAGUUCCUAGAUUUCAUGGUUCAUAGUGCUGGCUGUUGCGAUGUGUUAACAUUACUGGGUCUCAUGUGCUGAUCACAUAAACAGACAAAACAGCAGUGUCUGUUCCACUGACUUUCUGAAAAUGUAAUGUGGACUAUUGUUGUGGACCGGUUCUGGGAACUGGAGAUCACUUCUCAGCUUCACAGGGUGGCUUCGUACAAAUCACCACUGUUGCUCGAAUAGUCUCAGAUCUCUGACUGUAAAACAGCUUGUGUUGAAUGAGGCCAACUGGAUAUACAUUUUUUCAAGACGGUGACUCUAACUAAUUGUAAAGAUGGUUAAGAUUAAGGACAUUUUCAUUCAGGCAAAAACUAGUAGAUUGUGUGCAAUCCUUCCUCUGUCCCAUGUCAAGUUUUCCUCUUUUAUUUGCAGACUUCCUGGUUAGUGUUGCCAACUGCCUGGAGAAAAAACGUCAUGUCCCUUUAAUAGAGGAUUAAUAGGAUGUUAUUUACCAGGUGGUUUUUUAAAAUUUUCAUACCGUGAAAAGCUUCAGCUGCCCAUUUCCUCACAUUAUGUCUCUCUUAAAGGGACAGGACAUUUUCCCCCCAAGCCUGUUGCCAAUCCUAUUCUAGUCAAAAUCACUAGGUCUUGUUGAAAUAUUUGUAAGGGCUACCAUAAUGUAGUAGCAAGACUGGAGUGGCUUCUAGCAGCACUGAGCGAGCACGAUAUCAAAAAGUAAAUAGUCAGGCGCUUAGAGAUUUUGUAUAGGGAAGCUGUAUUUACUUAAUUCAUAAUUAAUUCUCACUCUCUCUGUAUCUAUGAGUGUUUAGAGUAUGAGUAGUAGUGUUCACGAUUAUUAAACCUAGUGUGGACAUUUUCUGGAUCUAAAGUAAGGUGCCUUCUCAUGGUAUCUGACAAAUUAUGUAAUAGAUAUUGUUUGAAAUUGUUAGGAGUCAUUACAAAAUGGCUAGAGUUGCUGCUGUCUUUUGGAGCAGGGCUCCCUUGCCUUUAAACUUUAAGAGUUUAAAGAACCAGAACAUUUAAAAGGAAGUUGCUUGCUCUUUUACUUUGUAGUAAAUUUAUACUCUUGAUCCCAUAGGCAGUCCUUUGAUUAAGAGAACAUUGCUUUCUGGGUCAGAAGUAUCACGAGUAUGAGACUAGAGAUGGGCACGAACUGAAAUACAAACCAAAGUUCAUGACGAACCAGGCUGGUUCAUGGUUCAUGUACUGGCAAUUCGUCAGAGCCCAUUUCUGAUUUACCACCACGAACUUUAGGCUGGUUCAUUUGGUUCGUUUUUUGGUUCAUCACUGCAGACAGCCUGGCGCCGAUCAAUCAGUUUCCUGGGCAACAGGGGAUGGACUUCCUGCAGACCUUCUGCUGGCCCAGAAGUGAUGAUUUGCUGACCUGGAUGUGACAUUUUCAUGAACCGAUUCGCGAACUGGGGCAGGUUCGUGAAAGUUCGGUUUUUUUCCGGUUCAUGCCCAUCUCUAUAUGAGACACAGUAAAUAGUUUUGUAGGCUGGUUGGUAUAAAGGUAUGGCCUUCCAUUUUAUCAAAGGCCCAUUGAAAAAACUCUCAAAUUUUAGUGUUCAGAUUUUGAGAGCAAGGAGGGGUUGAUUCAGAUCAUUGUGGGGUAGGAGUCAAACAUCUGAUGGCAUGUGGAACAAAACAGGCCCAGAGAAUGUUUUUACCUAAUUGUCAACUUCCAAGGCAAGAGAGAGGUAUGGAUAAACAAUAGAACCUGGCAAUGGAUUACUUACUAGUGGGGUAUGGAAUAGCAACCAUUCAGCAAAAUAAAAUGCUAUCUGAAGGCUAUAGAAUAGAACCACUUUGCAACAUUCAUUAUAGUUGGAUCCAUAAAACUUCUACCAAUUCUAGUAUUCUUUGCUCAGCCUGUUUAUAAUUCCUGUAUGGUUUGGACUUUUUGCUAAGAAAUGAUGCCCAUUAGAAGAACAGCCUCACUUCAGAGGAAAAACAAACUGGUAGUUUCAGAUAUUUGAAAUGAUAGAUAUGAACAGCAUAAUGGUGAUGGGCUGUGCUCUGAAAUAUUUUUCUUGUACACUGAUGUUUCAUGGGUUCAAUAGAGAGUUCAGAGACAGGUGCUUGUGAAAUUGCUAACCCAUCUAAAGGAAAAUACAUACUUCAGAAUUACAAGAGCUGCCUGUACUGGCUAGUGUUUUUCCUCAGUUUGUGGAAAAAUGUAUUGUUGAGGAAUAGGUAGAAUAAAAAUAUUGUAAACUUCUGCCCCUUAGGGUAAUUUUAUUGCUCCUGCUUGUACGAUAGAGGUGUCGAUUGAAGGGUCAAUCAUGUUUCCGUAGUGGGAAGUGAUAAGCCUCUGGCAGACAAUGUAGCUACUGCCCAAUAUAAUAAAUGCUUAAACAAAAUUGCACUCUGUGGCUGUUGUGUGCCCCCACAACCAAACACUUUCUCCUCCUUUUUCUGUUGCAGUAAAUAACAAAUCUUGUAGCAGGAAAGACUGGUGAUGGUGAGAGACUGAUUUGUAUUAUUAGUUCCUGCACGUACCUGCACGUUGUUAUGUGCAUUGUGGAUAUACAUAAUAAAAGCAUCAAUUCCUGACUACAGUACAGUCCUGAGAAAUGUCACAUUAUAGGGUGACAAAAGAUACGUGCUCCAAAAAUAAAAUAUUGAAGAUCUAAUGAAGCUCUACAUUUAUACAGCCCUGGUGUGUGCAUUGGAGGGAAUAUCAUACCAUUCAAUAUUUUCCAGUAUGCUCCUAGUUAACAAGCUAAAUCAAGCUGUAAAGAGAAGCCCUCAACUCAGGCGAUAAGUGUCUAUUUAAGCAGGGCCUAUGUAUUGUGUGCCAAAGGGACCUUGGCUCAGUGGUAAAGUGCAUAUAUUGUAUACAGAAGGUCCCAGGUUUAGUUUCCAACACCUCUAAUUCAAGGAGCUCAAAGGGCAGGUGUUGGUAAAGCCUUGGCUCUUCAAGAAGCCCUGGAGAGCUGCUAGCAGUUGGAGCAGGCAAGACUGAGUUAGAUGAACCCAAUGUAUGGUCUGACCCAGGAAAAGAUCCCCUGGCAAGGACCCAGGGAAGUAUCUGCAACGAGGAAUGUGCAACACAAACAUCUUUGAGA